UCUCUCUCUCUCUUCUCCGUGCUGCUGAUCCGCGGGGUCUCGGGGCGCUCAGACGCGCUCGGCGUUCAGACUCGGAAGGACCCCGAUGGCCCCCAACCACAAGGACUGCGCUAACCAGACGACCAGCCUCGGCUUCAAGCUCCCCUAGCGAAGGCAGGACCCCGAGAGCCUGCUCCUGGAAUACCGCAUUGUUUUAUAAUUUGCAACAAAAGAGAGAAAGGUGAUGAUGCUGAUGAUGCGCCCGCGAUGGUGGAUUUCCCUUUUGUGCGUCUGUGGAUUGAUGCACGUCGGUCAGCAGAUCAACCCUAAUGCCCAAAAUGGAGACGCCUUGUCGAGCUUGAAGGCUCUUCGUGAUGCAGGCAGGUUUGUCGGGAAGGAGGACACGGUGCCUCUUCGCCUGCUCUACAGCAGGCACAACCACAGCCAGAUCACAGAGGAUGAGCUCAGCACCAGGGCUAAAGCCAGCCCCGGCUCCACUCAGGUGAACCAUGUGGCCCAAGCAAUCUUUCAAGUCGAUGCAUUUGGCAGAAAAUUCAUCUUGGAUGUUGAACUGAACCAUGAUCUGCUGUCUUCAGGGUACGUGGAGAGGCAUUUGUCAGAAAAAGGGAAAAGCAUCAUCACCAAUGGAGGAGAGCACUGCUACUAUCAGGGGAAGGUCAGAGGCAUUCCUCACUCCUUUGUAGCUGUCUCAACCUGUCACGGAUUGCAUGGGAUGUUUUUUGAUGGCAAUCACACCUACAUGAUUGAACCUGGAGGACAGGGCAGCAGCAAUGGCGAUGUCCGCAUUCACAUGAUUUAUAAAUCUGGAGGGACUGAGGGAUUUAAUGAUCUCCUCAAUGGUGAUUUUCCAGAGCCGCCUUUUCCCAGCCCUCCAUUUCCAGGGUCCAAAGUUGUUCACAGGAGAAAAAAGAGACAGGCUCAACAUGUGUUGCGUAGUGUAGAAGAUGAGACCAAAUACAUCGAGUUGAUGGUGAUCAACGACCAUUUAAUGUACAAGAAGCAUCGGCUUUCUGUUGGGCACACAAAUAACUAUGCUAAGUCAGUGGUCAAUAUGGCUGACAUGAUUUUCAAGGAACAGCUUAAUACCCGGAUUGUGCUGGUUGCCAUGGAGACGUGGUCAGCUGACAACAAAUUCAACAUUGACGAUGACCCUAUGGUGACGCUGAGGGAGUUCAUGAAGUUUCGAAAAGACUUCAUCAAAGAGAAAUGCGACUCUGUUCACCUCUUCUCAGGGAAUCGUUUCCAUAGCAGCUGGGGAGGAGCUUCCUAUAUGGGAGGGGUUUGCUCCCGGACUAAAGGAGGGGGAGUCAAUGAAUAUGGGAAAACCGAUGAGAUGGCCAUAACCCUCGCUCAGUCUCUUGGACAGAACAUUGGCAUCUUCUCUGAUAAGAAGAGGAUCCUCAAUGGCGAGUGCAAGUGUGAUGAUCGUUGGUCGGGCUGUAUCAUGGAUGAUGUUGGUUUCUACCUGCCCAAGAGGUUCUCUGACUGCAACGUGGAGGAGUACCAUAACUUUCUAAACAGCGGUGGAGGAGCCUGUCUGUUCAACAAACCUCUGAAGCUGUUGGAUCCUCCAGUGUGUGGAAAUGGCAUCGUGGAGCCAGGAGAGGAGUGUGACUGCGGCAACCCAGCAGAGUGUGCCAGAGAGGGGGAGGCCUGCUGUGACAAGUGCACCCUGACCCAAGGGUCCAAGUGUAGCAACGGACUCUGCUGCAACAGCUGCCAGAUGGAGUUCAUGGGAGUUGUGUGCAGAGACGCCGUGAACGACUGUGACAUCCCAGAAAACUGCACAGGCAACUCCAGCCAGUGUCCACCAAAUGUGCACAAGAUGGAUGGCUACACGUGUGAAAAGGACCAAGGUCGAUGCUUCAAUGGAAGGUGCAAAACCAAAGACAGACAGUGCAAGUACAUUUGGGGAGAGAAGGCAACAGCGGCCGACAAGUUCUGUUACGAAAAGUUGAACAUCGAAGGGACGGAGAAAGGUAACUGUGGGAAAGACAAGGACACCUGGAUCCAGUGUAACAAACAGGAUGUUCAUUGUGGGUACCUGCUGUGUUCCAAUAUCUCACCCGCCCCGCGAUUGGGAGAGCUGCAGGGAGGGCUGACCUCUUUCUCAGUAGCCCAGCACAGUGCUUCGCUUGAUUGCAGCGGUGCUCAUGUGGUGAUCGACGGAGACACUGACCUGGGAUACGUUGAGGAUGGGACCGCCUGCGGAACAGACCGCAUCUGUUUCAAUCACAAAUGUCUCCCCAUCCAACAGUUCAACUUCAGCACCUGCCCUGGGACCACCGACAAGACCGUCUGCUCUGGACACGGGGUGUGCAGUAGUGAGUUGAAGUGUGUUUGUUACCUGGGCUGGGCAGGAGAGGACUGUAACUCCACAAAUCCUCUCAGUUAUCUUGUGGUCGGACCCACUGCUCCAGUUUCAGGUAUCACCAGUACCAAUAUCAUCAUUGGGGCCAUCACAGGCUCAAUCCUCGUCCUCGCCCUCAUACUAGCUGUUACUGCCUGGUGUUACAAGAGCUACAAGCAGAGAUGCUACGUUGAGUCUGAAGUUCAUCGAAGAUUCUGCCGGCAAAUGCCCCCAGGUGACUAUGUAACAAAGCCUGGGGAUGCAGACUCCUUUUACAGUGACAUGCCUCCAGGUGUCAGCACAAACUCCGGCUGCAGCUCCAAGAAGAGGUCAGCCUGCCUGUCGCACCUCCAGAUUUGCACCCUGUCCUUCACUCCCUCCAUCCCCUCCAUUUCUCAGAACAUCUCACUGUUUGGCUUCAGAUCUAAUGGCCUAUCCCACUCAUGGAGUGAGAGAAUCCCAGAUGCCAAACACAUCUCUGACAUCUGUGAAAACGGGCGACCGAGGAGCAACUCAUGGCAAGGGAAUCUGAGCGGUAAUCGUAAGAAACUGAAAGGAAAGAAGUUCCGUGCUCGCUCCAACUCCACAGAGUAUUUAACCCCUCGCUUCAAAGAGUUUUAUGAUGUAACUAAAUGGGUAGAAGAUGUGAAUAGAAACACUCAAGGACCUUACCUUAGGACGCUAUCACCUGCCAAGUCUCCCACUUCCUCUACAGGAUCUAUUGCAUCCAGCAGGAGAUACCCGUACCCUAUGCCCCCUCUCCCCGAUGACCAGAGGAAAGCCAACAGGCAGAGCGCCAGGCUGUGGGAGACUUCAAUAUAACAGCCUUCUUACCCACUCUGCAAAAGACCUUGAGGAACUACACUUGUCUCUCCUUUUCUAUGAAUGAAAAACACAAAAAUGUAACAAAAAUGACUCUAAGCGAUUUGAGAGAAAGAAAGAGAGAGCCCACCACUGGAGUGGAAUUAGGCAAAGGUGUGUGUGAGUGUGUACAAGCAUCUCUGAGGCUGUCUUGCCAGACAGCGGCAUUCAGUGGGUAUCUACAAGGUGUUGUUGAGUGCCGGCAGAGAAACCAGCUCCACAUCCACUUCAGACCAGCUGGAGCUCAGACUGAGCUGUUCCUGUCCGCUCAGGCCACAUCUAUGGAACUGGAAACCCCGUCCACUCCGACCCCCCAUACCUGUCCUUAAACCCCCCCCCCCCAUCCCUGCCGUUUUGAGCUCCUAUCUAAAAGGGUUAGUGGAGCCAGGAGCUGGUCAUCGUAUCAAACUGCAUCUCUGGAUUUGUUGAGACAUUUUGACGCACGUGAAUCACUGUAGAAACUCCAACACUGUAUGCAUGAGACAACCCUGUUUAUCAGCGACCUCCUCCUACUGAAAAGACAAGAAAAACAGUGGUCUGAUCUGAGAGGAAAGCAUGCGAGGCGGCAGUGAUUUUUUACCUUCUGUAUACCCUUUCCCUCCACUAUAGGUAACCCAUAUUGUAUUACCAGUUAUAUAACCGAUGACAUGGACCCAACCUGACCCCGCCCUGCUCUCCCUCCCCCCGGAUUGUCUGAGCGUGUGUAAAUAUGUACAGUGAAAAAACCCACAAAGUAUGUUUUGCUUUUAUGUUGAAAAAGGAAAGAUCGAGACGUCUCUUCCUGCUGUAUUGUGUUGUAGACACAAAAGCGGAUCUCUGUAGAGACCCCAAACGUGUUCUUCUGACUGUGAUUCCAUUUUUUCCUCCCUCUGGCUUUUUUCCUGUGUGACUUUCUCUAUCCACAGCAGAAUGUAAAUGUGUUUUUAUUUUAUCUUAGCACUGGUUUUCAUCCAUCUCUGGGAAUACACAGACAUCCAGUAAUGACUGACAGCAUGGUUAAGAUGUUGAUUGUGCCCAAUUAAGAUUGUUGAGUAUUAUUUAGGAAACUUUACAUAGUUUUAUGUACCAUUCCUGAGUGAAAUGAAUGGGAUGUGUUGGUGUGUGUGUUGGGUGUAGUUAUAGACGUACCACUUUUCACUCAUGGUGGUUUUGGAAAUUUCCCAUUGAUAAUGAUGAGAUGUAUUUAGUUCUCCCUGAUUCUAUAUUUAGAUGUUUGAGACCAGUGUGCUCCUAUUUUCACAGUGGGCAGCACAUAAAGUUGCUCAGAUGAAUGUGAGAAUAGUAAUAGCGUGAGUGCGGUUGGUGACCGGCUCAGGUGAGGAAUCUGGAAACUGUAAUUGAAACGUGCAUUUUGGAUUUAGCAGUGACGAUUGAGAUAUUUAGCCUUGUAAAUGAUCAACUAUGCUGUACAGUGCUUGCUGUUUGAGCUUGUGAAGACCAACAGCAUGACAGUUAUAUAAUCAAAUUAUUUCUCUGGUAGGCUAUUUGUGAGGCCAUAACAGGAAAAAUGAAUGUCACUGAAAGACUUUUCCCCCUCAUCGCCUAUUUGCUGUUGUCUAAAAGUUUGUGUACGACAAGCUACACUGUCAGCAAAGGUGGGACCGGGAGGAAGUUGCAGGGUUAAAAAUGAUUGAGAACAGUUUUUGUGCUGAUGUCAUGCCAGUAUAGCAGUUUAAGAUGGAUUGUUUUGGAAACUAGUCCCAGAUCACUCCACAAGAGGAAGUUCUGUGUAUAGUUACAACUCAUUGUUCUACCUUGUGUAGAAAUUGUUGUCUUAAGGCAUUCUGUUUGUCAUUUUACUGUUGUUCAGUUUUGUUCCAGUGGGCACUCGUUCAUUUUUAAUUUAUGUACGCAUUAGGACUGUAUAGGUAAUGCGAUCGUCACAAUAAUAGACUAAUAUUGCUACUAGCAUCUUUUUUUAUUAAGUACCUUUGUAAUGUUCACUUUUUUCUCUGCGUUCUGUACAGCAACGAUUCAAAAGGUAAUUAAGUGCAUUAUUGUAAUUAUGUGUGUUGAUGAGUUUGAAUGAAAACAGUUUUUUGAAACACAUUCGUCCUGGGGCCAAUAGAAGUGGCCGUUCCUCUGGCAUGUGGUAAUCUGUAACAUAUAAAGGAUUGGACACACAUACUGUAAUGUUGUAAAUGUGACCUGUAUGGGCUCAUGAUUUGCCUUCUGCCAGAGCUUUCUUAUUUGCUAUGGUCUUCUUAAAGUAGUGGUCAGUGUCUAGUGGCUCUUUUACCUUCCUGGGCUACCCGAGGCUGUGGAGAGCAUUAUCUCAGCGCUCUUGAGUAAUAUUUUUAACAUCAUAUUAGUGUGCUACAGCAAGACAUUUGUCCUGGUGUCAUGGACAUUGCACUGUACUACACUCUGAGGACUCUCCACUAAGGAUGGGACCACGCAGGCUGCAGUGAUUUGGGUCAAUCCAAACAUAUCUAUUGUAUCUGCCUGCGCACACAGCUGGACUGACAGAUUCUGACAAGACAAUUUUGGUAAAACGUCCCCACAAAUGGGCUGUCUGUCUCUGACUGGCCAGAGACUUGAAUGUAUUUGUGUACCACCCAGUCUCAACCAUGUGGUCCCAUCCUGCCAGACACAUCAGCUGCAGGACCCUUUAUAACCCCCACAUGUACUAGUUCAAAUCUAAAUACUGCAGUUGCUGUCUUUUUUUAUUUUUAUAUUUAAUUUUGCCUGUAUGCUGUACAGACUGAAAAUGCAAAAAUCAAUCCCCAUAUUUUUUCCUCUUAAUCAUUCAGUAUUGUAAUAUAUUUAAUAUAAAAUAAAACUUUCAUCAACA